AUGGUUAAUCUGCUGGAUGUUAUUCAGUAUACCCUGUACACACAUGGUUAAGUCUGCUGGAUGUUAUUCAGUAAUACCCUGUACACCACAUGGUUAAUCUGCUGGAUGUUAUUCAGUAUACCCUGUACACCACAUGGUUAAUCUGCUGGAUGUUAUUCAGUAUACCCUGUACACCACAUGGUUAUCUGCUGGAUUUAUUCAGUAUAACCCUGAACACCACAUGGUUAAUCUGCUGGAUGUUAUUCAGUUAUACCUGUACCCACAUGGGUUAAUCUGCAGGAUGUUAUUCAGUAUACCCUGUACACCACUGUUAAUCUGCUGGAUGUUAUUCAUCAUACCCCUGUACACCACAUGGUUAAUCUGCUGGGAUGUUAUUCAGUAUACCCUGAACACCACAUGGUUAAUCUGGCUGGAUGUUAUUCAGUAUAACCCUGUACAACCACAUGUUAAUCUGCUGGAUGUUUAUUCAGUAUACCCUGAACACCACAUGGUUAAUCUGCUGGAUUUUAUUCAGUAUACCCUGAUACACCACAUGGUUAAUCUGCUGGAUGUUAUUCAGUAUACCCUGUACACCACAUGGUUAAUCUGCUGGAUGUUAUUCAGUAUACCCUGUACACCACAUGGUUAA